AUGCCGGGAUCAUACCCACCGUCUAAACCCCAUUCGCCGUCUCCAGUGUCAGCGCCGCAUAGGGGUGGCGAGGGCGGCCAUGAUGGUGCUCAUCUGCGGCCACCAUUGCGUAAUGAUUCAAGUUCCGGCGAUGUCUUCUUUAUCGCGCUAGAAGAGCCCGAGUCCGUCGUCACGCCGAAACUGCGUGGCGGUGGGGGCGACGACGAUACUAGAAAGAGAGUUCCGGCGAACUUGUGGUACUUCGCGGGGGGUUCUGGUCCGCCGCCAACUUACGAGGAAUACAGGAACAUGCGAAAGAGUCUGCGGAAGAAGGGCCAGGAACGAGCAGAGAAGGGGGGCUGGAAGGAUGUGAUACAUUGGGGUUUACCGCCGCGUGAGGAGAAGAAGGAGCGCGAGCCAGAGGUUGGGAACGGUGGUAAUGGUGGAGAACGAUCACUAGUGGAAGAACGGCCUGGCAGUGAUGCACCAGUAGACAAUCAUCCUCAAUCAGCUCUUCCUCUUCCUCCUCAAGAUCAAACACCAGCAAGGAGUCACGCAUCAGUGGGGAGCCGAGCAUCACUGAGAAGUCAACCAUCGGCGAGGAGUCAAAUAUCGGCAAGGAGUCAAGCAUCAGCAAGAAGUCAAGCAUCAGCGAGAAGUAGAGUUUCAAGACAGCAAAAUCCUGAGCAACCCCCACCACCACCACCGUCGCCGCCGCCACCCAACAACAACAACCUCCCUGCAGAUCCCAACCACCCGCCGCCGGAGAACAACCAUCCAGGCGAGGAUGCAGAUGACUCCGCUUCCGACGACAAUGAUCGUAACGCUGGCCGCCACCCGUGUCCGCACCUAGGGAUGAUCGCCACUAGAGAUCAAGUCAUGGAUCUGUACGCCGAGAUGCUGCCACCGUUCUUCGCUCACGUCGAGCGGGUAGCACGCGGGGUUCUCUUCGAUGCCCAGCGGCAUGCCGCGAAUUGGCACCACGACGACAACGACAACCGCGGUCGCGAGGAAGGGGGGAGAUGA